CCGCUCCGUUCCCGAUUUCCCGCCUUGCGGAGGCGCGGGAUGGACCGGGCUGCCUCGACACGGGGCCGAGCGCUUCCUCUGCCUCCCCCCUCUGUGCCGCCUCCGUCCUCAGAGGAAAUGGAGGAGGAGAACCUGAUGGUGCUGUACGGGGACGACUCGGUAGAGGUGCGCUACGCCGGGGGGUCGCGCUUGCUACUGUCUCCUUGCGGCUGCGAGUACCUGUACGAAGCAGCGCGCCCCGCCGCUGCCCACCCCCUGCAGCCGGCCCAGAGUUGCCGUCAGCGGGUCGCCUUCGUCGUCAGCAAACACCGGGAACAACUUUCACGAGCUCUAGAUUUCCGAAACCAAUUCUCUGCUCGCCCAUACCUGCCGUCACGUGUUAUACCUCCAGAAAGAAAAAGGAUUAUUUUCAGUGAUAUUUUAGAAGUCAGAUGGCCUGACCCUUCUUCGUCUGAUCUCACAAGAUGCAUAGACAGUGGUGGUGUGAAGAUCUCCUCAGUAGAUGGUUAUGCUCACCUCUACCUGUCAGAAUUGCACCAAGAAUUUACAGUGGAGUUCUUAUGCAAAGUCAGCCAGUCAUCUGCAGCAUCUUUAUGCACCUCUCAAAAGAACAACAGCUAUCAAACCAGAGCACAGCACAGAAAAUCAGAAACUGCAGAAAUGUCAUCGAAACAAAUGAGAGCAGAGAGUAAGAGAAAUGAACAUGGUUGUGGGGAAGGUAAAGACAGAGAACCAACGGAACUGAAGGACCAAAAGGACAGAGAUGGGGUCCCUUUGCUCUAUGCAAAUUGUUCUUUUGAAUACACAUGGGUUACACAGCAUUGGUCUGUUUCCUCCUACCCAGAAGAAUGGAAAUACCCAUUGCUGUUGGCACUGACAUGCUAUAAUUUAUCUACUGAUAAGAAUCUAAUGAAGACAUGUGAGAAAAACAGCCAUUCAUUUACAGAAGCUGAUGUUUUGAUAGACCCUGAACUCAGAGCAGUUUCUCGUUUACCUGCAGCCUUGCCACUCAGCUGCAGAGCCCCACAUUUACACAGAUGGACUUUCUGUGACUUCUUUGGGAAUCAAGAUACUGAAAAGUAUUCAUCCCCUCAGCUCAUUCAAAUUUUAUGGUGCCAGGGUGUUUUCUAUAGAUUUAUCCAUGGUAGGACAAACAUUGCAGAAAUAUAUCCCAGUGAUGAUACGUUUUUCAAGUCAGAGGGAGCAUUUUUGGGGAACUAUUUUGUACAUUAUGCCAUCAACAAAGCAACAAAAAAGAGAGAAGAAAAGAUGUAUUCGGUAAACAGCCUGCCCCCUGAUGUACCUGGAAAUCCGUACUCUAUAUCCUUCAUUAUUACUCAGGCAACAAACAUACUUCAGCACUGUUACAAGACUAAGCUAUCAUUAACUCAUAACUACCAUCUCUGCUGCUGGAAAAUGAUACCUGAGACAGAUGGUCGAGAAAUGUUGCCAUUUUUGCUGUAUGAAAAGGUUAUUCCCAGCCUAGGAAGACUCCUUGUGUACUCUGACCAGAAAGUCCAUGCUGUUUUUUGGGAUGGGAUGACCUUGAAUAUGAUCUGGGAUUUCAGCUCUUCUUGUAAUGAGUUCCAGGUAAAUGACAAUGUAGGCUGGUGUAAGCUAACUACUCCUGAUGGGGUACAGAAGCUAAUACAAAUAAGUCAUCCUGGAAUCUAUGAAAGGUACAUCAGAACAGCAAUAGAAUGGUGCAGAAGUUUGAAUGAAAGAAAGGGGACUACUGAAUAUACUACACACCCUGUAACUGAAGAAAAUUGGUCUGCUGAUGCUGAACUCAAAAAAAUACAGAGAUUUAACUUUUUAUUGGAUAAUAGCAAUAUUUCAGAAAGGGCAUCUGCAAAAAACAAUCCAUCUGGUACUACUGUCACAGAAACAGAAAAUGUGAGUGAACUGAAAGAAAUCAGUGAAGGGAACGUCUUGGAAGCUUUAGAAAAAACUUCCAAAGUGAUUCGGGAUAUUGAAUCUCUGCUUGCAGCUUCUGGGAGAUGAAGCCUGAGAGCAUGGAAAGACUUCCUUGUCUUUCCAGGAGCUGUCCCAGCUGUGUCUGAGGAUGUGUGGAGGUGCACAAGGGGUGAAGGCUGAAGGCACAGUGAUAAAUUGCCAUUAUAAAUUUCUAGUAAAGUCUGUGUGUUGCCAUUGAAUAGGCAAAAACAACAGGUUAAAUAAUUGAACACACAUUUAUGCAUCAGGAUUGACUGCUGCUUUUCAAUGUAUCAAUGUCUGAAAUGUUUAGUUUCAUGGAAUAUUGUUGAAGCCACUUGGUUUCCUGCCCGAGUGCCUUAGCACAGGGGUGUGCAGUUUUAACUGUGAAAUUAUGUUUUUAUUCAGAAGCUUGCACGAAGUGGUCCAGUCCUGAAUAA